AUCACGACACAACACACACACGAACAAAAAAACAAAUCUUUCUUCAUACAUCACAGAGAAGUAAGUAAUGGAGGCAAUGAAGAUGAUGGUUGUUUUCAUGGUCUUUGCGGUGGCUUUCUCAGCCAUAGGACAAGCGACGGCCGCCACUGUGGAUGCUCCAGCUCCAAGCCCAACUUCUGAUGCUGCCAUGUUUGUACCAGCAUUGUUUGCAUCUGUUGUUGCUUUGGCCUCUGGCCUUCUCUUUUGAGUCAAAGCAAACAAUUCAUUUUUUUUACCAUUAGUUUCAUUGUUUUGUUCAUGAGUUUGUGUGUGAUUUGAUUCUAUUGUGUAUAAAGAGUGUUGUAUUAUUCUUAAUGUAACCAUCUGUUUUUAUAUGUGCUUAUGUAUCAUCAUUCAUCAGACUGUUUAUGAAUCCGAUUAUCU